UGCGUUCUGUUAUUUCUUCCUGUUUACUAACACCUGAGGGAUGCUCGCUCUCUGAGUUCCUCUCAAACCAAAAUAGGAGACGUUAGUCUGUGUGCUUUACUGAGAUAUGUGUUUAUUACAUUGUUUUGUUUAUUAAAACAUGUUAAGCAGGCCUGGAGCGCGUGCACCCUGUGCAUUAGAAGUCGCUCUCGUGCCUGACAUUGGGCUGAGUGCAGACAUCCAGCACACGGUUAAAGCCAGGCUGGCCGCAGGCUCUGCGCUCCUCUGCUGUCUGCACGCCGACGGAAAGCUGACGAUCAGUGAUGUCUCUGAACCUGGCACUCCGGCCCGCGUGCUCGAAGACUCGCACACAGACUUUCUCUGGGAGGUGUACACUGAGCAAAAUAAAGCCAACAAGCCCAGACUCCUGACUAUGAGACCAGCCUGUAAUCUUAGACUUCAUGAGAUUGAUUCCGAAAGCCAGCUGACAUCAGUGUCCGAGUGUUCUACAGACCGACUCUUGCAGCUUGUCAAUAGGGACUUAAAUGCCAGUGCACUGUUCUCUAUGAAUCUGCUGUCAUUUGUUGAUGGCUGCUGUUACCUCCUUCUGAAUGGACAUGUCCUUGUACAUCUUUGGUGGAAGGAGGGCUCUGCUGAGCCAGAGCUGCUGUCCUCCUGUGUCCUCAGCCUGCCUUCUGAAACUCAUGAAAUGUUUACUGAUUACCAGCUCUGCAAAGGCAUUCUGUUCAUGCUAACGAGCAUUGGAUUCAUAUACGUGGUUGACAGUGCAGAUGGGAAGCACCUUGCUACAGUGGAGCUCCCUGCUUACUACAUAUCAGGACAGAGAGAUGCUGACCUUGCGGAUUCCCUCUCUUCUUUCUGCCUUCUCCAAAUCUCACAAGACCUCAGCACAGCCGUGGUUGCCACCAGCCUGAACCAAGCACUGGCAGUUGACCUCAAUGAUUAUUUCAGGCUUCACAUAAAUCACUUGCACUGUCGGCAGGAUCCCAGACCACUUCCUCUCAUACCAACAAAACCUUGUGAUCAGGACAGCAUUGCUAACUCAACCUACAGUCAGUCUGUACUGGGUACCCACUUCCAAACCGAUCACUCAUGGGAGGCAAGGCUGGCAUUGCUCUAUAAGCAAGCUAAAGCUCCAGUUUCUUCAGCUCUACGGCUGCCAUGGUACAAAGACCUCCCUCGCUCCGAGUGCCAGCAAGCAGCGGCCACCACCAAGCUCAGUCAGUCCGCUGUAUCACCUGGGGGUGCUGUAAUGUCUUUAAGUCUGCCUGAACAGACCACACCGACCCAGCUGAUUGUCUCAGAAUUUUCAGCAGUGCUUAGCUUUACCUCACCUGGGAACAGCAGCACAACCCUUGUCUACUGGGACUUUCAGACUCGGGUUGUUACAUGUCAUUGCAUUGAUGCGCCAGCAUUGCCUGUUUGCUGGUCAGAAGAGGAACACCUCUCUCUGAUUCUGAAAGCAUCAGGAAUGUCUCUGGUGCUAUUCUCGGUUACUCAGGAGGAGCUGCUGAAUAGAUUGAUGGUGUUUGGUAGUGCUGGUGUGGUAGACUCACUGUGCCAUCUUAAUGCUUGGGGACUCUGUUCAAUGCCAAUCCAUUCCCUCCAGGCUGGACUAAAGAACCGGCAGCUGGACAUGGUGGAUUUCUUCCUGAAGAGUAAGGAGAACAUUCUCUGCCCACCCACAAACUAUAGUCUGCCUGAUCUGUCACCAACCUCAACACAGAUGCAGCUGCAAAAUGUUCAGGAUCUGUGUCCAGCAUUGGAUCUGCUUCAAUCUGCUAUCAGAGACACAAACACUGAGGCUCAGAGUCGGCAGUUCUGCGAACAACUGCUCAGCAUUGCAUUAAACUUCCUUAACACACAAAUCCGAGUCAUCCUGACCAGCACUCCAGAGUUGGAUGCUGACUUGCAUGAGUGUGUGAAGAUCUUGAAUGGUUAUAUCUCUGAACUGCGUACUUAUCUGAGGAGGUACCCCUGGCUAGAAGGGGGUGAGCCUACUUCCUCAGACACUGUCCCUGGUGCUGCCAUUGAAGAUGAAUGGGAAAUGCGCUCUGUUGAGGAGGUUGUCCAAUGUGCCAUUUUAAACAGGGAGCUCCCACGUGCGCAGGCUUAUCUGCGCAGGCGCAACUGUCCCGAGCAGAAGCUGGAGGAGCUAAGAAAAACUGGCUUGAGACUGGCAUUCACGUGUCUUACACACCGAGACCUGCAGCAGGCUACAACACUGUUCACUAACAUGGGAUUUAAUGUAAAGGAGCAACUCUACAAUAUCUGUGUGUACACGGCUGAUUGUGACCUUAGGGCCUUUAUGGUAGAGGAGCUGAAAAGACUUAAUCAUCUCCCCACUGAUGACUUACAAAAAGUGGAGUUCAUUAAGCAGAUUGAAAAUUUGUGCUCCAGACCAGCAGCAAGAUGUUCAAAGGCUUUUGACAAAAAACGGGUUCUUCAAAGAAGCCAGAUGGAAACUGAGAACAGAAACCUGCUGCAGGAGAUAUUGGAUGAACCCUUGUCCUGCUCCAUUCAGUCCCUGGUUGGCUCAGUGCGGCUGGACUGGGUCAGGCAUUGGGACAACGACACACAGCAGUCUGUGCUGCUCUCACGACUCCCAGACCACUUGUUGGGCUCCUGUGACCCAUCUGUGCUGUGGUCUUACCUCACCUCCCUCCAUGACCAAGACAGAAUAACUGCAUGGCUGACUUACACAGCCGCACAAGACUGUGAGAGCUCUGCUGUCUCUAAGUGGCCUGCACUCACUGCUGCAGUUGUGGACGGAAACACCUACUGCAGUGAUUAUAUGAAAGACCAAAUUCUGGACAUGCUUGCCAGACAAGAAGUGUUCGUGCAGUCAGAGAUGUCUGACUUUGAGCAGUUGCUGUGGCGGUUAGGUCAAGCGAGAGGUCUUAUGCAAGACAACAGUGGCCCUCCUGUCCCACAAUUCCACUCUACCAAAGGCCAGGACUUCCACACAUGCUUUAUUCAGCAUUGUCUGGAGAACAACCUACAUUAUCUUCUCUAUACCUACCUACAGCAUUACAGAUUGACUCCCAGUAAUUGCCCUGCAGCAGGAGACAGAGAUUUAUAUGAGAGUUACCCCUGGUUUGAGAUGAUGGUCAAAAUGCAGAGCAUCACCAGAGAUCUCAAAAAUCCAGAGCUAGUGUUUCAGGCAAGCCUUACAAGUGCACAGGUGCUGCUACCUGGCAGUCAGGCUAGUGUUAGCAGCAUGCUGCUGGAGGGACACAGUCUUCUUGCACUCUCCACUAUAAUGUUUGCACCUGGGGGCAUUGAUAAGGUGGUGACAGAAGGCGAUAAAGGUCAGGACGUUUUGUCUAGAGUGGACCCACAGCUCCUGAGGAUGGCUCUGAGCGCAUACCCCAAGCUCAAAGCUGCCCUUUUUCCACAGUCUGGCCCAAGAUUCACUUCAGUUUCUGAUGUAUCAAUAUACCAUCUCAUGCAGUCAUUGCAUCCACUGGAUCCCUCUAGACUGUUUGGGUGGCAGUCUGCCAACACACUCGGCACUGCAGAAACAUCAGCAGAGCUUCCUCAUUUCUCCAGCCCCCACUUGGUUAAUAAAUAUGCACUCAUUGAGAAUCUAGACUUUUUAUACUAUCUCCAACACGGCAGACCUUCCUUUGCAUAUGGAAUUUUCAUUAUUCAGCAUCUGGCCGACUCCACCAAUGCCAAGCUACAGAUGAGUCGGGCAGUGGAACAGGCUUACUCUCUCGGCCUUCUAAAUUUCAGCUCUUCAUCUAUAGCUGCAGCCUGCGUGUGCUUCUUUGAGUUAUUGGGUGUAUGCAGUCUAAAAUUGAGGGUCGACCUUAAGGCUCUCAACCUUAUCCUCAGGCUUUGGAGCCAGAACUGUGAGGACAGCAGCAUGGCCUCACUUAAACAGUCUUUAGUGGACAAGGUGAAUAAGAUGGUGGCAAGUGAGAGACAGACUCUAGAGGAAUUAUUGUUGCACCUGGAGGGAGCCGUGAGGGAUGGUGUGGAGAGCAGAGGAAUCAGCAGGUCUUCAUAUGAGGCAGGACAGGAGUGGGCUCUCCCUGUUCAGUUUUGCCAUCUUCAUGAUCUGCCCCUAACUACGCAGUACCUACAGGACUGUGCCAACGAUGGACAGUGGCUUAACUUCCUGCUGUUUGUUCAGAUCCACCACUACCCUUUACAACAGGUUAAAUAUCUGGCCGCCAGUUUUAGCCCAGGUUUGUGGGCUCACUUCUUACUGGCCUUCCAGGACCUUCAGCUAAUGCACUCUCAACAAGCCCUAGAAGGGCAGAGAGAUUUCCUCAGCUCACUGAUGAAAGAGGAAAGCUCAAAAUGCCCAAAGGAUCUGUUCCAGGUCCUGUUCCUUAGUCAAGAGCAGUCGAACCCCUGGCAGUACCUGCUGGUAGAAGCUGUUACACUGCAUAGUCCACCGCUUACAGUCCUGGCUGCUUGUCACAAGGAUGCUGAGCUAAUACAAUGCCUUUGUGUUUGGAUCUUGACCACUGUUGAAGAAGACAUUGCCCAGGAAGCUACCUCCCAUAUCAAUGAACAUCCUGGCCACCACACGUGGAACCUUCAUGACUUGUCAAUUCUAUGGAAAAUUCUCCUACAAAAGUGCAAGAUCGGCCCUCUGAUUCGUGGCUUCCAGCUGUUUCAGCGGGAAUCUCCCCUGAUCCACAUGUUGCAAAUGUACGAGCUCUGCUAUGACUACAUAAACUAUCAAGGGGCAAAGGAGAAGUUACUGGAGUUCCAGAAAUGUCUGCUUAAUCUGAGAAACAGUGGUAGUGUCCUAGGAUUAGAGUGUUUUCCCGUUCAGUGGGUUGAAGCCCAAGCCUCUGUGCUCCUCCUCACCCUGUUGCAGCAAUGUGGAACACAGUAUGAGUUGUGCAGGCUGCUUCAGCUUCUGGCUGAUAUGGACCAUAUGCUUAAAUCUAAUGGUCCUGACUUUAAAAAGCUUAGCCGGUUGAGCCAAAUCCUGGCUGACACACCAGUGCCUCUGACGCAGUGCCUUCUGGAGAACUAUACCACUGAGAUCCUGCAGAGGGAGUGCCAGAUAAUGCUUGAGGAGCUGCAGGGCCUUGACUGCUUCUGUCACGCCAGGAAAGUGGCUGAGCUGGCAGGCUUGCCCAUUGACCGGCUGAUAAUAAACGAGCUUUUGAGAGAUCUGAAGGUGUUAAAGGCGACGCGUCAGUGGGAAAGACAGGAGACUCGUCUGGCCUUCUGGAGGAAAUGUCAAGAGCAAUUUAAGGCAAACUGCAUUGGAGCGGAGUCUGCUUGCCAGUUUUUUCUUUCUCAGACAGAGGAUCCUGUGCAGAAAGAGACAGAGCUACUUCAGGUACAAGAGCAAUGCCUUCUUCUAGCCUUAGCUGCUCACUGGCUUUGCCAGCACAAGUCCCCUGCACUAGAACGAUUAGCAGAGCUGGAGAAGCGCCAGUGGGAAUGGCGCAUCCGCCGGAAGGUCCUCACCACUGCUCUGGAGCAGCAGAGCCUGUUCACUCCAGCCACUGGACCAGAUGCCUUUGAUGGCCUCCUCAAAGAAUAUUCCUUUUCCAAAAUGAUCAUCCUGGAUGAUCAAGCUUACUUGAACAUUGAGGGUCUUCCAAUGACCGAGGAAGGUUGUCUGAUGGAGGAGAAGGAGCGAAAGGCUCUGUCGACUCUCAUCGGUCAGCUGUUGGACGAGGGAAGUGUUCAUGAAGCGAGCCGUGUGUGUCGGUACUUUGAGCUUCAGCACAGAGAUGUGUGGCUGGUGUUGCAGUGCCGUGGUUUGGCCUGUGGAGAAAUUCAGCCGGGUCUCCAGGAGUUUCUCAGCCCUGACCGAGAGCAGAGAAGAAGCUUGCACAGCUGCUCCAGCACAGGUAGUCUGUCCUCAUUUGUGGUGGUUUCCUCACCUGAAGACCAGGCUCUGUCCCAGCUUCAGCUUUUAGUAGAUCAGUGUCGUCACGGCAAGAGCUACUGCAAGCAGGUCCUCAGUCUCUACGAGCUCUCCAAGGAGCUGCGUUGUUCCUACAGUGAGAUCUCCUCUGAAGAGCCGGAGGCAGUGCUACGGAAGGUUCUCCUGUCUCAGCAGCCUGAGCGCUAUAAGAAAGCACAGGCGUUUAUUAGCGUGCAGGGAUUGCAGCCAGACUCUGUAGCACAGCUCAUCACCUCCGCAGUGCUGGAUGGACUGCUGGCUGCCUCACAGGACAGAGAGACAGAGCGCCAUAUAUACAGUCCAUCUGAAGGCAAAGAGGCCUUCUUGCAACUGGCUAAACUGUGCGGUGACCCCAACUUGGUGGGCAUCAAGUUAUUGGACAUCAUCCCUACUGUCUCCCUGGCAGAACUCGGAUGCACUGUGGAGCUGCUUAUCCUGGCACACGACUGCUUCAGUCUUACCUGUAACAUGGAGGGCAUUGUUAAGGUCUUGCAAGCAGCCAGACACCUCAGUCACACACAUCUGGCCCAUGGGGAGAGAUAUGGGCUUCUGGUCCGAUUAUUGACCGGUAUCGGACGAUACAAUGAAAUGACUUACAUCUUCGACCUUCUCAACCAGAACCAUCGUUUUGAGAUGCUGCUGAGAAAAAAAGUGGAGUCGAACACUAGAUUAAAGACAGCACUUCUGGAUUACAUUAAGCGCUGUCUGCCAGGGGACAGCGAGAAAUACAACAUGGUGGCUCUUUGUUUCAGCAUGCGCCGAGAGAUCGGAGAGAAUCACGAAGGAGCUGCUCGAACACAACUUAAACUUAUAGAGUCCCAGCCAUGGGUUGUUACCCCAGAGCUCAAAAGUAGCUUAGAGAAAGUCCUGUUUUUGCUCAAGGAUGCUGCAGAAAGUUAUUCGAAGGACUCCUGCAUGCGGCAAGCAUUGCGGUGUGUAAAAAUGGCUAAACUCAUCACUUUGCAGCUUCAUUUCCUCAAUCAUGGGCAGGAUCAUCGUGUAGUCAACCUCCGGUCAUCUGAAAUACUCAAUGCCAUGAUGCCACUGCCACGGUGUUAUCAGUCAUUCAUAGUAGCUGAAGCAUACGAUUAUAGUCCUGACUGGGCAGAGAUUCUGUAUCAGAAGGUGAUCCUAAAAGGAGAUUUCUCCUACCUAGAAGAGUUUAAGCUUCAUAGGCCACUUCCAGCGAGCCUAUUUGAAGAAAUCUCUAAAAAACUCAUCGUGAACAAGCCACCGAACACUGUGAGCCAGAACCUGAAGAAGCUACUGCAGUAUUGUGAAAAUGUCUAUACCUGCUACAAACUGGCCUAUGAUCAUAAUUUUGUCGAUGUGGCCAACACACUUCUGCAGGACUCCAAAACCGGCAGUUACCUUAAUGACCGAUUAAGCAGUUGACUCUCCCAUUGACGCACUUACUGUCAACAUUCCUCUGCUUUCACUUAGCAUGUAAUGCUGUGAACAAUUUACUGAUUUGACAUGGAUUUAGUGGCAACCCCACAGGAGCAAUAUUUUAUAACAUCUUCAGCAGUAUUCUCAUCCAUAGUAUUACUUUUUCAAAUUAUUCCAGCAAUAAUUUCAGUGAAAUUAUGGACCUAAUGAUAUAAAUGUUCAUAUUUAAGAGAUUAAAUCUAGCUUUGCUAAUUUAUCAGUUGUUCAAUGCUCUGGUCAUUAUUUCACUAAGGCGAUGAAACAGGUUUGUGUUUGACAUAAAUAUCCUGAUCGAUGUUUAGCUGGGAUGCAUGUGUUCUACAUCUCAGUCCUUCUGUAAAUCUCUAGAUGCUGUUCUUAAUAUUUAUAUUACCAAGCGGUGAAAUGCUUUCUGAAAAUGCA